AUGGUUACAGGAGCAGUGCGGCUGCUAGCCGCCGCUUUGCUUAUUUUAUCCGCCAGUGCACAGCAGUACAGACGUUUCGGACCACUUAAUCCACAAACUGGAUGGUACACCGGAUUUCCGAUCCUGCUUGCAGCUGAAUCUCACGAAUUCCAGGAGCCGAUAAAUCGGGAAAUGCUUAGUCCACUGGUGCCAAUAAUUUUGAACCAGACCCGAAAGAAUCACUCGCGCCCAACGUUUCUUGGUCGAUUGCCGAAAUUACUCAUAAAACGUAAACCACGUAGUCAAGUCUUCAAGCCGGAUCUGCGAGAAUCGAGCGCUGCUACUUUGGAUGAACUCCAAGAGCGCAGCAAUUUUGUCCGAUUCAUGCUAGAUUUAGCUUAUGAAUUUCCGGAAUUAAAUACUCUGUAUAUUACGGUAUACCGUAUACAUAGCGAAACAAGUUCUGCUCGAAAUUUGAUUGGACCCCGACGCACCUCGGCUCCAUCAGUAGGCCCCGGAUGUGGUUGUGCCUGUGCGAAGCGGACCAAAAGCCGAACCGGUUCGACCACCGUACGGGCCGAAGUUUUCAGGAGCACGGUUCGUCUGUCGUACGGGCAGCUGAAGAAUAUGAAUUGGCGCGCAAACCUCCACCUGGUGAGUUGUUUACCUGAUAUGCUCACCACCGCGGUGCCACCGGUAAAUCUUGGAUACGGUGGCGUGUUUGCGAAGUGGGCUUACUGGCCAAAUUUUCAGAGGGCGGGGUUCGGCCGCCGUAUUGGUCGAAGACCCGAAGUUUCUAGAGGUACGGUUCGGUCGUCGUACGGUCGGCCGAAGAAUACGAGCUGGCGCGCAAAACUUCAUUUGAAUUAUUGUCUUGGUGCGCUCGCCACUGCGGCAUUAUCGGUACAUCCGGGAUAUGGUAACGGCCAUAAGCCGAGCCGGUUCGGCCACCGUAUGGGCCGAAUUUUCCGCGGGCGCGGUUCGGCCGUCGAACUGAUUGAAGACCCGGAGUUUCCAGAAGCGGCACGGUUCGGUCGUCGUACGGUUGGCCGAAGAAUACGAAUUUGCGCGCGCUGGUCACCACCUGAUGAUGUUGUUUACCUGGCGUACUUGUUGCGUUGCGUGUGCGUUGCGGUGGUCCACCUUCGUGGUUGGGUGUGGCCCGCUGGGUUUCGGGUCGAUUUGGGCCAAUUAUUCAGUUCAGCUGGAUCCUAUGCGAUGCGUGUGUUCGUAUGGGCCGGAUUUUCGAAGGGUGCGGUUCGGCCGUCGUACGUGUCACCGGCGUGUCGAGCCGGUUCGGCCACCGCACGCGCCGAAUUUUGCAAGGGCGUGGCCCGGCCGCUGUACUGUUCGAAGACCCGAAGUUUCCAGAAGCAGGAAGGUUCGGCCGUCGUAAGGUCGGCCGAAGAAUACGAAUUUGCGCGCGCUGAGGGCACUGUUCGGCCGCCGAACUGUUCGAGGACCCGGAGUUUCCAGAAGCAGCACGGUUCGGCCGUCGUACGGUUGGCCGAAGAAUACGGAUUAGCGCGCAAAUCGCUACCUGAUGAUAUUGUUUAUCUGAUAUGCUUGUUGCGUUGCAUUUUUGGUGGUCCACCUCCGUUGUUGGGUGUGGCCCGCUGGGUUUCGGGUCGAUUCGGGUCAUUAUUCAAUUCAGAACGUUCGGCCAUCGUACGCGCCGAAGUUUUCAAAGGCGUGGUUCGGCCGCUGAACCGAUCGAAGGCCCGAAGUUUCCAGAAGCAGCAGGGUUCGAUCGUCGUACGGUCGGCCGAAGAAUACGGAUUAGCACGCGAAUCGCCACCUGAUGAUGUUGUUUACCUGGUCCCGAAAGCUGCAGAAGAAUCCGAAAAAGCAGCAACAGCUGAAGAAGAAUCCAAAAAAGCAGCAGCAGCAGCGAAAGAUCACGGAUGCGCGCCAGCAAAUGGAAGUGAAAAAAGAAAAACAGCAGAAACAGCAAAAGAAUGCAAAAAAGCCACAGCAGCAACAGCAAAAGAACGCGGAUAA